CAACAUUGGCGAGGGGUGGGGGCCUCGGGGACUCCGGAAGGCCACCCUUUACCCGGAAAUGGUUGUACAGGAACAUGGCGUUGCUGGUGCGAGUCCUUAAGAACCGGAUUAACGUUUCCCCAUGGGUUCCAGUAUGCAGCCGAUUGGUACCUGUGUCUUCUACACAGGGACAGUGGGGCAGGGCUCUGUCUGGUACUUUCCAGUGGCCUCAGAUGAGCCAGUCCCUGGAAUGUGGUGGAUCAGAACAGAUUCCUGGGAUAGAUGUUCAGUGGAGUAGGAAGUAUCACACCACAAAUAAGCUUUCUACUACCAAGGAUUCCCCACAGCCUGUUGAGGAGAAGGUCGGUGCCUUCACGAAGAUAAUAGAAGCUAUGGGAUUUACAGGACCUUUGAAAUACAGUAAAUGGAAGAUUAAGAUUGCAGCCCUGCGCAUGUAUACUAGCUGUGUGGAGAAAACUGACUUCGAGGAAUUCUUUCUAAGGUGUCAGAUGCCUGAUACAUUCAAUUCAUGGUUUCUUAUAACUCUACUUCACGUCUGGAUGUGUCUAGUCCGAAUGAAGCAGGAAGGCCGGAGUGGGAAAUACAUGUGUCGGAUCAUAGUUCAUUUUAUGUGGGAGGAUGUUGAGCAGCGUGGCAGAGUCAUGGGGGUUAAUUCUUAUAUCCUGAAGAAGAACAUGAUCCUUAUGACAAAUAAUUUCUAUGCAGCAAUCUUGGGAUAUGAUGAGGGGAUCCUUUCAGAUGACCAUGGGCUGGCUGCUGCACUCUGGAGAACCUUCUUCAACCAGAAAUGUGAAGACCCCCGGCAGCUUGAAUUGUUGGUGGAGUAUGUGAGGAAACAGAUGCAGUACUUGGACUCCAUGAAUGGGGAGGAUCUGCUGCUGACAGGGGAGGUGAGCUGGCGCCCUCUUGUGGAGAAGAAUCCUCAGAGCAUCCUGAGGCCUCAUUCCCCGACUUAUAACGACGAGGGUCUUUGAUGGGCUGGUGUCUCUGCACAGCUGGCCAGCUGGCUUCGAGGAACUGCCAGGAGAGAGGUGCUUGUUUGGCUCAGAACCCUGCAGAAAGUGGCCUGAACUGACCUGUGAACAGCAUCUAUCAAAUACCUGGCUCCAUUUGCAUUGAUUUUCCUCUUAGUAUGCCCAGGAGUCUGACCUGGUGGGCUACAAUGCUGGGAAAACCCUUAGCUCUUCUGAGGUAUCCUCCCCCUCAGGAGAAGCCUGGAGCAAGAGCUCCCCAGCACACUCUCCUCUGGUCCCCUCCAGUAACGAUGUGAUUGACAGCUUUCCCCAAAGGCCGCAGAGGGAUGGGGAUAGGUUAGCAAGGGGACACUUCCACCAAGAGCCCACCAUGGCCAAGAGGCAGUUUGGCGUGCUGCUGAGUCAAGACGGGUAACCAUGCUCUGUCCUCUGGCUUUGAGCCAUGGGGUUGAGUUGGCCAUUAAAAGAAAGAGAAUUAUCUCUACCAUGGCUCUUCUUUAUUCCCGGGUUUUUAGAAACUUACCUGAGAUGGCAGUGGCCAUAAGCUGAGGACCGCCCCCCAGCUCAGUUAGAGACAGGCGGGCGAGAGGGUCUGCUGCUGCUUUUGUCUCCAGUUCAUGGAGAUGUCCCUGUUCUGGCCAAGCCAUAGCCUUGCCAGGCUCCAUCGUCUGGGACCCAGAAGCCCUGGGGCUUGUCCCAUCCUGCGUCAUUUGGAGAGAAGCCCCAAGAACACUUCCCCACUGAAUGAGGGGGAGGAACAUGCUUGUCUUUCCUCUCUUGACUCCCUUUAUGUGAGAUACUGGGGAGAAGAAGAGAUCCUUUCUGGCUUCUUUGUACCAACCCAGGGCCCAGCCCCAUGCCCAGCUUUCUAGCCCCAUCCCAGCUUCUGGAGCAUGUGCUGCAGAGCCAGCUUAGUCUGUGCACUUGGGGGUCAGUCCCCUCCUUCCCGAGUGUGGGUCAGCUCUUGGGGGACUUUCUUUGAAUUAAAGACGGGGCGGGGAACCAUAGUGCCCCUCCUUCCCCCAUCAAACUUCCUUCAUUUAACUUGCUAUAAAAUGAGUCAUAUAAAGAAAUUCUAUAUGGGUGAGGUAUAUCCCACUUCUGUGAAAACAUUACAAAUCAGACCGCCUUCUCUGAGUUUAUUUAAGAUGCUUUUGUUGCGAGCGGAGUUCUAGAGUGAAGCCCCCUCUGUGUGUGUGAGAUAGUAACACCUUGUAACUCAUUACAGCUGGGCACUAUUUACAUAAACCAGAGUUGAGCCAGGCAGGAAUUUGCUGAUUAAUUUAUUUUUAAUGGAGUGAAGUAUACCAUGCACCAAAAUAAACUUUACUGUGUGUACCUAACUGCUCCUGGAAUGGAUGGAAAAAUUAAUGGAACAGAUUUUGGCUCCCAGCUCCACACAUUAAUUCAUAUAUAAAAGUUAUUUGAGCCUUAACCCGUUUGCUGCCCAGGGCAGCUCCCCAGCCACAGAUCCCAGCCCACAGCACAGUUCAGCUACUGGGCUUGCUGGAGAAUCACGGAACUGCAGAUUGAGAAGAAACUUUAGAGGUCACGAAGUCCAGCCCGGGUCCAGAACUUGACUCUCCUUCUCAACAUCCCGGUUGGCCUUUGUCCACAAAGGCCGUUUAUGAAUACAUCUGCCUGCAGAGCCCGGUCAUGUCUCUGUAAGCUGAGUACUCGUCAGACAGCGCAGCUUGUAACACGGAACUGCGUUUGAAAGAACCGAAUUGGAGCUAUCAGGUCGGGGAUGUCCCAAAGCCCUCACUUCCAGGCUGUUGGCGUCUUUCACCCACUACACAACCUCCUUUCCCCUUUAAGAUACAAUCCAGGCUCCUGAUGGCUGCCAGGCUCAUCUUAAUUUGACCUGUUCUUGUGUCUGAGUCUCGAAUUCUUUUCUUCUCUAACCAAACUGGACUACUUGGGGUUACCUGAAGUGAUCACCCUGUAUGUUUCCUCUACCUGGAAUCCUUGCAUCCCCAUCUGACUAGAGAAACCCCAUGUGUGCGCGCAUACCUACCUCCCCAACCCAGCCUUGUCCGCCCCAGAGGCGAACUGUGGCUGACCUCCCCACCCUCCCUCCUGCGCUGUGAGCUCCUUCAGAGCAGGCACUGUGUUUAGGUCAGUCACCUUUGUUUUUCUAGCACCCCAGGAGCGCCUGGCUCACAAUAGGCAUCAGUAUAGGCUUGGACAAAUGAAAGAAGGAAUGCAUGAUUAGAUCAUCCGUCGAUUAUCAGUACAAGCCCCGCGAAAAAGUCCCUUUCUGGAUCAUUCUCUGACCUGCAGUUCAGCUUAUUUUAACAAUUCAGUACAAAGUACCUCCACUGGCCUUUGCAUAGGCACGAAAGCUAAACAUUCAUUCUGUAGCUACAUGUUUUUCUUUCUCUCUCUCUUUUAAGUAAUCUCCACACCAACGUGGGUCUCAAACUCGAAACCUGCAGACCAAAAGUCUCAUGCUCCACUGACGGGGCCAGCAAGGCGUCCCUGUAGCUAUACAUGUUUCUACUGUAAAUUGUUAUUACACAAAACAAGUGAAGGACAUUUUUGCCCUCAGGGAGAUUGCUCUUUAGAAAUAAUUUUGUCAUUUAUUUUUACUUCCAGAAAAGAUCACAGCAAAUCAAAAGACACAGUUAUAGUAAAAGUACAACAUGAUUAGAACAAAGUUUAAAAGAUAAGAUGCAAGUAUUGGGAGGUGGGAAAGGGAAAUAAUCAUGUCAGAAAACCUGUACCGCUAAUAACCAAUUUUCAUGGGAUUUUUGGGGUAAUUUAUAAAGUAGUUUCAAGAUAUUAUCUCAGUGGUCCUGUAAAAUAGGUAUCCUCAUCAUUCUUAACCCCUUUCCACAGGUGAGGGGACCAAGGCUCAGGUUAUCCAGCCUCGGGAAGAAGGGGCCCAGUGUGCCCCAGUCCCCAUCUUCCAACCCCAGGGCCCUUGCUCUCUCCCCAUCCCACACUGCCCCCCAAAGGUCAGCAAGGAAAUCUGCAACCAAGUAUAAUCAAAGGCAGAAAUGGGAGUCAAGGUUCUAAGCAUUCUCAUUGUCACAUAAAGGAAAGUAUACUUAUUCACCAGAAGAAAUGUUUCAGAGAAGAAUGUAUUAUAGGGAUGUGAAAUGAGAAACACCAAACACUGCAGUGAAUAAUCUCUCUAAGAUUUCAGUUUUG